AGACUAGCCUCGACGACGACACUGCCUCAACCGGCACUCAACCGAACUGGGUUGCAUACGAAUCACUGGAAUCGAGAGAACCGAGAGACUGGUUGCAAUUUAUCUCCUUUGGCAGAAACGAACGAUACUCUUUCCCAGUGGUUGGGCUGUUUCAAUGAAUGUAUACAGUUCGUUGUAGUCUUCAGAUGGAGUUUAUCGAGUGAUCCUUACGUCUCGGCAAGAGAUUGGCUACCAAAUCGGAUCUGUUGAAAGCCAG